AAGGUGCACUGGGUCAACAAGGUUGGGCGUGUGAAUCAAAAAGAUAGCACAUGCGAGUCCUAGAGGCUGCGUGCUGAAUUGCAAAACCUUGGAUGUUCGAUCUUGUGUUGCCACAGCUAUUCAUAUCGUAAGCCUCAACUGUGAAGAGUAAAGACAGCCUUAGCAUGAAAUUCAACCUUGCAGGAUUACGUGUUGGUGUUUGAUUGGUUAGCGUGAUGUGCUAAUACCUUCUUAAGGUUUCUUUUCUGUCCCUUUCCUCUGUUGUUGUUGCUCUCAUCACUUUGUCUGCAUUCUCUAUCAUUUUCAUCUCUGCCUCAGAUCUAUCUCUUCAUCCACAACCAUGGCUGAAAAGGUUACCUUCAUGAAACUCAAGGUUGACCUCGAGUGUGAGAAAUGCUACAAGAAGGUUAAGAAACUUCUCGGCAAGUACCCUCAAAUUCGAGACCAGAGGUUCGAUGAGAAGGAAAACAUUGUGCUGAUCACAGUGGUGUGUUGUAGCCCUGAGAAGAUCAGGGACAAGCUUUGCUACAAAGGUGGAGGCUCUAUCAAGAGCAUUGAGAUACUGGAACCACCCAAGCCCAAGCCCAAAGUAGAUGAGCCUGGUAAGAAGCCAGACGCCGCCGACAAGCCCAAGCCCGAGAAAGGCGGGGACAAGCCCAAGCCCGAGAAAGGCGGGGACAAACCCAAAGUGGACCCUCCCAAAGCCGACAAGCCCAAGGCCGAGCCCGGAAAGAAGGAUGGUGGCGAGAAGCCCGACAAAAAGAAAGACGAGGAAAAGCCUAAAGGUGAUGCACCACCCAAGAAGGACGCUGGCGGGCCCGGGCCUGAAAAGCCCAAAGACAAGCCUGCUGCUACUCACAUGCCCAUGCAGCCACAGUUGGCGCCGCCGAUGGCGGUUCCAGUGGGGAUGCUCUACGCUCCUGCUCCGUGCUUCGAGGGCAUGCCCGUUGGGCCUGGGUACGAAUACGGUGGGCCCGUGCUCUGUUACGACGGGUACUACGCAAGGCCCGUUUAUGAUAGCUACGGUGGAGGCAGGCCCUGUUACGUGAACCGUUGCGAUCAAUAUUUCAGUGAUGAGAAUCCAUCAGGGUGCAUGAUUAUGUGAUAGUUACGUCCACGGCAUUGCAUUAUUGGAGCUGUAAAUGAUGCUGGCAAAUCACUCUUUCAAAUUUCAAUUCUCAUCGUCUUUAAUCACCUUGUUUUUUGUUAUUUAAAAUUCAACGCUGUUAUUAGGGAGAAAAAAUAAAUAAAGGUUAUUUAAUUAAAGAUUA